AUGGUGAUCUCAACAUUAACAAACUCAGUAUCUAAACCUAAUUUUGUACUUAAUCAAGGUCUAAAACCAAAACCCAUUUCUUCAAUAAAUUUAAAACCCACUAUUUCCUGUUCUUAUGAUUCUAAUGGAGGUUUGUCACAAGCGAUUGUUGUUUCAAAAAUUGAGAUUUGGAGUUUGGGUUUGGAGAUUUUAACAUCAGUUAUGGUGAUUGGUGCUCCUUUGGAAGCAAAUGCUACUAGAAUUGAGUAUUAUGCUACUGUUGGUGAACCACCAUGUGAAUUGAGGUAUGUUAAAUCAGGGUUGGGUUAUUGGUAUGUUUCUCCUGGGUUUAGUGAUAAUGCUCCACUUGGUGAACUUAUUAAUCUUACUGGGUUAAGUUUUAUUUUAUGGAUUGCUUAUUACAAUAACUUUAUGAAUCUUGAUGGUGCAAGUAGUCUAAAAAUGUUUGAUUAA